ACAAGCCUCGGUAGUUGACGCACUUCACUGUUUGUAAUUUAGUAAUCUAUGUCAACAUGGCUGGACCUCCGAGAACAUCUUCUUUCCCAGAUCUUUCUCGUGACUUUACAAAGCCAGCAUUGACUAACAUCUCCGAAAGAGAAUUUGUACAGGAAUCAGAAUUUUUUAAACAACGACCAUAUAGCUCACAGGUUCCAUUUUCUUAUAAGUGUGUAUCGAAAUGGGAGAGACGGAUUGUCGAAGAUGUUUUUCAAAUAUAUUACAAUGACAAUUUUUGUGAGAGCCCUUCGGAUAUAAUGAGCAGAAUUGGAUUUGUUGGUAACCUAUCAAAAGAGCAGAAAGAGUACAUUGAAACUAUAAUAAAAUAUCUUCACAUUGAUGUUGGAGAUGGGGAACUUACGGAGGUGUAUAUUGCAAAUGUACCUCGGGACAGGCUAAUUGUUGACUCAAAAUUUAAAGAAAUUUUGGAAAAUCUGGAUAAUGAAAAGGAAGAACACAUACGUGGUAGAGUCUAUAAAUUCCUUUGUUCUAUCACUGACCUUCUGGAUGCAUUAACAGUUUGUAGAAAUAUUUCGGAUGCUUAUGAUGGAGGACAUUAUACCACACUGUUUCGUACAUUUGCAGAAUUAUGUUGUUUAAAUGCCAAAUUAGGUGUUUCUAAAUCAGAUCAGUCAACAUGGACAAAUUUAGGAGGUCUAGAUAACGUUAUUUCCCAACCAGAUAUUCGUUUAUUUAAACAGGGAGUAUUUACAAAAUCUUCAAUCGAUCGUAAGAGAGUUGUGUCUGUUGUACAGGUAAAGAAAAGUAGACAUCAAAGAGAUUUGGAUUCAGAUAAUUCUGAUGGAGAAGCAUCCACAAGCACUAGUUCAUUUUCUUCAAUGAGGUCAUCAAACAGUUCAGAUUCUAGUGAAAAUGCACCAAAAAUAGAACUGUUACUGAAUAAUGCAGUUUUAGGACAACAUGCAGGAGAACUCUUGUUAGAUCUCCACAAAUUUGUAACAAAGGACUGUGAUACAGAUAAAUAUAAAAUGUCAGGGAUGAUUGUUAAAGGCACUAUGGUAUUUGUGACUGUACUGGAAAUUUCAAGACAACAUUAUAGAAAAUUAGCAGCAAAUAAAGAACUGGAAGAUGGAGAUAAAGCUAUGAUAUACUAUUCUCGUCCAUUUAAUAUUAUCAAUGAGAGUGAUAGAAAUGUAUUAAUUGAAAGCUUUGUAAGACUAAACAACAUGCAAUGAUAGAAAUGUAUUUAUUGAAAGCUUUGUAAGACUAAACAACAUGCAAUGAUAGAAAUGUAUUAAUUGAAAGCUUUGUAAGACUAAACAAUAUGCAAUGAUAGAAAUGUAUUAAUUGAAAGCUUUGUAAGACUAAACAAUAUGCAAUGAUAGAAAUGUAUUAAUUGAAAGCUUUGUAAGACUAAACAAUAUGCAAUGAUAGAAAUGUAUUAAUUGAAAGCUUUGUAAGACUAAACAAUAUGCAAUGAUAGAAAUGUAUUAAUUAAAAGCUUUGUAAGACUAAACAAUAUGCAAUGAUAGAAAUGUAUUAAUUGAAAGCUUUGUAAGACUAAACAACAUGCAAUGAUAGAAAUGUAUUAAUUGAAAGCUUUGUAUGACUAAACAAUAUGCAACGAUAGAAAUGUAUUAAUUGAAAGCUUUGUAAGACUAAACAAUAUACAAUGAACAGAUUUUGACAAGGGUCCAGUAAUGAGUUCAGCAUAGGCAAGAUUAAUAUAUGGUUCUUCUGAGUUUGUAAUCAUGGUAAUAGUAUUUUUAUGAACCAAUCAAACCAUGGUGUAUUAUGGUAGCAGUUAGGAAUGUUGACAAAUUAUUUACAGAAUAAUAUGAACUUAAAGAAUAAUUUCAUUUUUUUUUACCAGAGCUAAAGAGCUUCAAUCAAUAAAAUUUCAACAAGUACAAUCAAACUCAUCAUAGCUCGUUGAAAAAGAAACCCCACGCUUUAUUGGCUAUAGUGUUGGGGACAGUUGAUAUUGUUAGAAGAAGCCAGAGUACCCGGGGAGAACAACCCACACUAAGAAACUGAUAAUUCUUGAGUUGAUAGGCUAGAGCUAAUCAGACCCCUCGACCACAAAGGCCCCACAAAAAAAGAGAGAACUUAGAGAGUGAAUCAGACCUCAAUAAUUGCAUUAUUGAAAUAAGCUGAGAAAUAACUUAUAAACACUGUAAUAUAUUAAUAGCUACCGGUACAUUAAAAAAAAUCGACCUGAUGCAUCUGAACAAUUCAAUACAUUUGUAAACCCUUUUCAGGUUGAAAAGUCUAUAAACAAUGUCUGUAACUGUUUGAAAAUUGUUUGAAUAUCGAGUUAAUGUAAGAACUUUUUUGAAAUAGACCUAAACUCACCUCUUAUUUCGUAUUUGACCAUAGCCAUAUACAUGUACUUGUAUAAGGUGGAUUUCCAUCUGACACAGGUCAUAUGACCAUGUAAUUCAGUGGUUGUUGUUUGUUUAUGUGUUACAUAUUUGUUUUUUGUUCAUUUUUUAAUACAAAUAAGGCUGUUAAAUUUCUCAUUUGAAUUGUUUUACAUUGUCAUAUCGUUGCCUUUUAUAGCUGACUAUGGGGUAUUGGCUUUUAGCUUCAUUGUUGAGGGCAGUACAGUGACCUAUAGUUGUUAAUGUCUGUGUCAUUUUGGUCUCUUGUGGAGAGUUGUCUCAAUCGCAAUCAUACCACAUCUUCCUUUUUUUAUAGCUUUUAAUAAAUGUAAAUACAGAUAUACCUUUUUCCAUGCCAUUUCUUGUUGUGAAGUGUAUCUAAGAAUGUCAUUAUAAGAAACAAGUGUUGAGCAAAUUUAAUUUUAUGAUAUUGUUAUAUUUCUGUUUUAUGAUGUACAAUACAACUAGAAAAGAGUUGAUGGUUCAAA